AGUUGGCUGUCUACUUAUUUUUAGUGUGAAGGCUUGGGCGCACAAGGAUUUUUCUUCUUCUCUCAGUUUCAAAGGAUUUGAAGCCACAAUGAAGUUUGAGAACAUUUUAGCUAACAUUAAUGGAUUUGGAAGAUUUCAGAAAAUGAUCAUAGUGAUCAGUUUCAUUGGCCGUUUCACAAUGCCCUGCCACUUCAUGCUAAACAACUUCAUAGGGGCUGUUCCCUCUCACCACUGCGACAUCACCUCUCUGGAUGACGGAGGUUUUUUUAGGAAUUUAUCCCGAGCAGAGAGGCUCGCUGUAAGUAUUCCAGUCAAGGAGGAUGGGAGUCUGAACUCCUGUCAGAUGUUUGCAGAGCCUCAGUAUCAUCUGCUGCUCAACUCCUCCAACAUGACUGAUCUACCCACAGUGCCGUGCCAGAAUGGGUGGGUGUACGAUAACACCACCUUCAAGUCUACUCUGACCUCACAGUGGGACCUGGUGUGUGAUAGAAAAGAGAAAAACAAAGCAACUGCUACCAUCUUCUUUGUUGGAGUGAUGUUUGGAGCCAUAACCUUUGGAAGUCUGAGUGACAGGUUUGGCCGGAGGAUCAUGCUGCUGGUGUCGUAUGUGUCUGGAAUGCUCAUGGCUGUUGCAAGUGCUUUUUCUACUUCCUACGUGAUGUUUGCAGUGCUGAGGUUUUUCACUGGGUUUUGCAUCACUGGCAUCGUCAUUGUCUCAACAAUCCUCAGUGUGGAGUGGGUGGACAUAGAGCACAGGAAACUGGUGGGAGUCAUCGACAGCUUAUCCUGGACAUUUGGGAACACGAUUUUUGCAGCUAUUGGUUAUUUUGUGACUGAUUGGCGGUGGCUAAUCGUUGCUGUCACCUCACCUCUAACCUUGGCCAUUAUCACAUGGAGGUGGAUGCCAGAGUCGGCGAGGUGGCUCAUUGCCAAUGGAAAGCUGGAGCAGGCUCAGAUGUAUUUGAAGAAAUGUGCCAAGAUGAACGGAACAGAGGCGCUAAUUGACACACUUAAAACAGAGACACUAUCAACUAUUGCUGUGACUGAGAAGAGAGAUCGGCCUUAUUCGUAUUUCGAUCUGAUACGAACACCCAACAUGAGGAAACUGGCACUUAGUACUGGCACAGUGUGGUUUUGCGUGGCAACUGCAUUUUAUGGCAUCAGCUUCAACAUCACAGGCUUUGGGCUCAAUAUCUACCUCACUCAGUUUACCUAUGCUUUAAUUGAGCUCCCAGCCAAAGUAUCAGUUUACUACCUACUGGAUAAGAUAGGCAGGCGAAGGACUGAGGUGGGAACUCUGCUGAUGGCUGGCAUCUGUCUUGGAAUCAACAUUGUGAUACCUAGAGAUAUGUCUACUGUCAGAACAGUGGUGGCAGUCAUUGGAAAAGGGUUUUCUUCAGCAUCCUUUGCAACAAUUGUGCUCUACAGUUCUGAGCUCUAUCCCACUGUAAUAAGGCAGAAUGGUAUGGGUUAUAACUCCUUCAUGGCUCGACUUGGUGUAGCUGUGGCUCCGUUGAUUCUCUUACUGGAUGAGGUGUGGAAGGAGCUGCCCCAGGUCGUCCUGUGCUCUGCAGCUGUACUCGGGGGAAUAGUGGCAAGAACGCUACCAGAGACACGCAACAGGUGCCUGCCAGAGACCAUAGAGGAUAUUGAAGACCAGUCAUAGUGAACACUAUGUUUUGUGUCAGAGCAUAUUCAGUCAGGCUAUUUUUAGUUUGAAAAAAAGAGAUAUUAUCUACAUCCUAUUUUGUAUGACUUCAUUGUCAGUUUAUACUUGAAGUAGAAUUACCUUUAGUUUUCCUUUAUUAUUUGUUGGUUGAACGUUUAUUUGGGGAGGGCUGUGCUCUUUUAACACUUAAAUAAGUAGUAGUACUAUUGACAGUUAAUAAAAAAAUACAUAAGGUGGUAUAAGGCAAUGGUUUCCAACCUCUUUGGCUCAUCCUUUAUAACCAUGUUAUGCCCCACAAGUUACUGCCUGGCCAGCUAAGAGCAGGAUUUGAGAGAAGUUAUCAAUUUUGUCAGGCAGUAAUGUUUUUUUCUUCUCAGUCUUGUCAUUCAUCUCUUAAGCCUUAAGUUCUUAUAUUGGGAUCCCUCUAACAGCCAGGGUUGAUUCCACUGUUAUAAGGUGAAAUAUGAUUGAAUAUGAACAUUUGUGACAAAAUAAAGUAUUUUAAUGAA